AUGAGGUUGGAUGAUGUCGGAUCAGUUCGGAUGAGGUUCUCCGUGCUCCCACAGCUGGAAUUCCAGCGGGAUCAGACGGUGAAGGAGGGAGAGUUUGAGAAGCAGCUGAGCGAGCUGGAGGACGAGAACCUGGAAACRUACGACAACAUGAAAUUCCAGAUGGAAAACGACGUGCAGUACCUGGAGAGGAAGCUGCGGCAGCUGAAGGGAGCUCAGCACCUGAACCAGGUGAAGCUGGAUUACAACCUGGAGGUGCUGCGGCAGCUGGACCUGGAGAACUCCAACCUGCGCGCGAUCCAGAAGAGGAAAAUCAACAAAUUCCAAUCCUCCCUGAGCAUCCUGAAGGUCCGAAUGGCCGACCAGGAGAAGAAAUUCCAGGAGGAGCGUCAGAGCCUGGAAUUGGAUUGCCAGAGGGUGAUGGGGCAGAUCCAGGAGACACGGGGCAGGAUGAGGUACCUGGCCCGCUGCAACGCCGAAAAAUUCCGAAAG